AUGGCGGCUCUGAAUCCAAUCAAGGCUGCGGAGUCCACGCCCAGCAAAGGCGCUGAAUCAGCCCCGGAUGCAGGCGCCAAUGGGUCGGGUAGUGGGUUUGAUGGUAAUGGUCAAGAAACAACGUCUGGAACAGCGAUGUCGGCGCCGGUAGCCGAACUUUUGUCUCGUGAGUUCCGAGAGGAAUGGACAGAAGUACCGAUAGACUUAGCUGUUGCCGCCCGGAGAGAACUAUUGGUCAUGCGUCAAGAGUGGUUGCAGGCUUUGCUGGAUACAUGUGUGGUCAUUGAGCUUACUGCUAGCAGCAUUGGGGGCUGUACGUUCCAGCCUAGCGUGAGCCAUAGCGAUAACCUCAAGACGCUCCUUUUGACACUAAGGAAUAUGUUUGAGGACAGCAAAGUAUCGCGCUCUAAAAACAAGGUGCUCGACGCCGUCAGCGCUCGUUGGUUACAUGGCAUGGCGAACUACCAAAGCAAGCUACAUGAGCUCGACAAGACGGUCAAGGCCGAGUUGGAAGACAAAAGUGUCUCCGUACCGGCGGAUAUCCGCGUUGCGGAGUACCAGAGAGUGCGCUCUUCUGUCAUCUGUGUGGGCCAAUUUUUGGCCAGCAGUUCCAAGGCGUUUUUUGACCUCAUGCUCGAUACCGUGCCGAGUACGGAGGCUGCAGAGGUUUACGAAUUAGUUCUGAACGGGGUGGACUCCAAAUGCCUGGAAGACGCCGCCGUUGGGGCAUUCAAAGAGAGCGUGGCAGAGACCCCUUUGAGAUUCCGUGAAUGUCUGGAAGAGGCGAAGCAACUGGUGGCAAAUACCAGCCCGGAGACAGGCGCGCUCGGUGCUGCUUUAUCGUUUCACAAGAUUUGCGCUUGGAUGCAUCACGUCACUGCUGUCUACUUAGACCGGCAAAAGAUUGAGACAUGGAACAAAGGCAUCUCGAAGGCGCCGAAGAAAAAGCUAAGCUUGAAGUUUGGCAAGGGAAUUAGCAGGUACGCCGAAAGGAAAAUCGCAAAGUCACGUUUCGAAGACUUAAUUGACCUUGAAGAAUGCAUUGCCACGUGUAACACAGUUAUUGGAAGGAAGCCUAAGGUUGCCAAGGGAUGUGUUGAUUAUGGCCCCGAGAAGAUGAGGAUACGGGAAUCUGUUUUCGCACACAUCACUCACAUUUUCAAAAUUUACGGAGCAGUGCCCAUCGAUACUCCUGUUUUCGAGCUCAAGGAGGUAUUGACCAACAAGUAUGGAGAAGACUCGAAGCUAAUUUACGACAUGAAAGACCAAGGCGGAGAACAGCUGAGCUUACGAUAUGAUCUGACUGUCCCGUUUGCUCGAUACUGCGCAACCAACAAUGUCGACCGCAUCAAGAGGUAUCAUAUAGGCAAGGUUUACCGGAGAGAUGAGCCGCAGCUGGCGAAGGGUCGGUAUAGAGAGUUCUAUCAGUGCGACAUUGAUUUUGCCGGCGUUGCCGGUCUGAUGAAGCCGGAUGCCGAGAUUUUGACCAUGCUGUGCCACGUGCUAUCUACUUUGCGGAAGGUAGUAGGUGCUUUCCGCAUCAAAGUUUCGCACCGGCUGUUGUUGGACGGGAUGAUGGAGUUUGCAGGAGUCCCCAACAAGUUAAUCCGUGCCAUUAGUAGUGCCAUCGAUAAACUGGACAAGGAGCCGUGGAGUGAGGUCCGAAAAGAGAUGGUUGAAGCCAAGAACUUAAAUCCGGAGGUUGCCGACCGGUUGGAAACGCUAGUUCAAUUUUCAGGAACGAUCUCGGAAACGUGUGUGCAAUUGCGCGCAAUUCCGGGAUUGGCCCAAAACAAAAAUUCCGCCUGUGUGGCGGCUCUGGACUUUAAUACGUCGCUGGCGAGAGGUCUGGAUUAUUAUACCGGGUUAAUUUAUGAGGCGGUUCUUAUUGGAGAUAAUAAGGUCGGUUCAAUUGCUGCGGGUGGUCGAUAUGACAAGUUGAUUGGGAUGUUCUCCGGCAAGAGUAUUCCCGCUGUUGGGGUCAGUGUUGGCAUUGAACGAGUGUUCAGAAUGAUCGAAGAAAGUUGUGAGAUAACGGAAACCAGCAUUUUGUUGAAAGAGACAAAAGAGAUGGUGGUUUUACCCAAGGCGGAAUGUUACAUUACGACCAUCGGUGAUGUAGACGAAAAGGUGGUGUUGUCGUUGAUUGCAAAGUUGCGAUGUCAUGAGAUAAUUGCGACUUACAACACAAAGGGGAAAAUCAACUUUAAGAAAGAUUGGCCUACUAUGCUCGACUACAAGUGCUACGUCGGACUGAUUAUCGCUCAGGAUGAGUGGGAGAAAGAGCAACAGGUUCAGGUCAAGGUACUUCAAACUGACGGGAAAUCUAAGGACUAUAAGCUAUCGGAAGAGGAAGCGCUUCAGAUGACCAAGUCCGUGGUGGAUCAGGCACGGAAACGUAGCCUGACUAGCUUAUUGUAUUCGACAUUUGAUAUGACCGGGUGA